AAACGAGGAACGUCCUAAAGAGAGAAGAGCGUUUUGGCGCCGCUGAGAGAUUUGUGAAAAGUGUAACAAAUGAAGCGGACUCGGCAAAUAACCAAAACUUAUAUCGGGAGGAACGUGAAUCAGUGAAUUCAUGCGUAAACCGGAGAACAUGAAGCUCGUAGACAACGUCGUGAAGAGUUUCCGAGUUGCCAAAGUUUUUAGGGAGAACACAGAUCGAAUUAACAGCAUCGACUUUUCACCGAACGGUGAAACUCUUAUCUCUAGCUCGGACGAUGAUUCAAUCGUUAUAUACGAUUGUGAGAAAGGAACGCACAAGCGAACACUUAACAGCAAAAAAUACGGUGUUGAUCUCAUUCACUACACACAUGCGGCCAACACAGCUAUCCACAGUUCCACUAAAGUGGACGAUACAAUCAGAUAUCUUUCUCUGCACGACAACAAGUAUAUUCGCUACUUCCCUGGCCACACAAAGAAGGUAGUGACAUUGUGUACAUCACCGGUAGACGACACAUUCUUGUCUGGUUCUCUGGACAAAACCCUCAGGCUGUGGGACCUGCGGUCACCAAAUUGUCAGGGUGUCAUGCAUUUAACUGGAAGGCCUGUGGGGAACUUUGAUCCUGAGGGACUCAUCUUCGCUGUAGGACUGAACUCCGAACUUGUCAAGCUCUAUGACUUACGAACAUUUGAUAAGGGCCCAUUCAACACAUUUAAGCUGCCCCAGGAUAAAGAUUGUGACUGGACAGGGCUCAAGUUUAGCCCAGAUGGCAAGAAUAUCCUCAUCUCUACCAAUGGCUCUGUCAUUCACCUCAUAGAUGCAUUUCAGGGCACACCGCAACAGACAUUCACUGGCCAUACAAACAAUAAGGGUGUCCCGUUAGAAGCAUCGUUCAGCCCCGAUUCACAGUUUGUAUUCAGUGGCUCAACGGACGGACGAGUGCACGUCUGGAGCACUGCCGAGGGUGGUUCCAAGACGGCAGUACUCAACUGUGACCACACAGGGCCUGUUCACUGUGUACAGUUUAAUCCCAAGUACAUGAUGCUCGUCUCAGCCUGCACAAACAUGGCAUUCUGGCUCCCAAGCAUCGACGAAGCCCUGUGACAUCCCAUUUUGCUGCAUCAUGUUCCACACUGUACAGUUUCUUUUCCCGGAGUAUCAUUUUUCUUUUUUCUGGCCAACUUCGCAUCGCUGUCACUUUUAAAAGGAAAAGAAGUCAUUUUACUCUUUUACUGACA